UUCCAUCCCAAUAGUUUUCGCGCGUGGAGCUUUUAGAUGGGAACUUUGAGGGGGAAGCACUAGAGAAGGGAACGAUGGCUGUCCACUGCACUUCCCUGCACUUUUCUUGCAAACUUUCCGCCAAGUCGCCAUCUUUAUCCCCAAUACAGCCUACCCAGUCAAUUUCGAUCCAUAAGGGCUCGAGCUACUUCAACUCAGGGGCAGUCAAGCUCUCCGCUCGCAGGUUGGAUGGUCUUGUUCCCGCUGUUGUUUCGGAAGGAAGCCCGAUUGAAACGAGCUCUUCCACCUCUGGUUUCUAUAAACUCACUUACUUAGAGGUGGGUCGCCGGAAGUUGCUUGCUUUGGACAUGUUGGUGAGUGUGUGUGACUUCUUGAUAUAUGUACAGGGGAACAGUUGGCUUUGGGAUGUGGGUGGGUUGAGGCUUUUGGUCGAUCCAAUCUUGGUGGGUAACUUGGACUUUGGCAUCCCCUGGCUCUACGAUGCUGCCAAGAAAUUCUUGAAGAAUUUUCAGCUCAGCGAUCUUCCUGAUAUUGAUUACGUGUUAAUUACCCAAAGCCUGGAUGAUCACUGCCACUUGAAGACCCUGAGGCCACUUUCGGAAAUGAAACCAGAUCUGAGAGUGGUUGCUACUCCCAAUGCCAAGUCUUUCCUGGAUCCCCUUUUCAGAAAUGUCACCUAUUUAGAACCUGGCCAAAGCUGUGAAGUGGAAGCAAGAGCGGGUCCAAAAGUCAGAAUUCAGGCUACUCCAGGACCAGUUUUAGGUCCUCCUUGGCAAAGGCCUGAGAACGGGUAUCUCAUAUCUCUACCAGGACAAUUGAGUCUGUACUAUGAACCCCACUGUGUUUAUAACAAGAGCUUGCUGGAGAAAGAACAGGCUGAUAUUAUUAUUACACCGGUUAUUAAGCAGCUUCUUCCAAAUUUUACCUUGGUCUCAGGGCAAGAGGAUGCUGUACAACUUGCUAAGCUGCUGCAGGCCAAGUAUGUUGUCCCAAUGAAGAAUGGAGACCUCGAUGGCAAAGGAUUUCUUGCUAGUAUAAUCCAGGCUGAAGGAACGAUAGAGUCGUUUAAGGAGCUCUUAUCUAAGGAAAUACCAGAUGCUCAAGUGCUGCAACCUACUCCUGGAGUGCCCCUCGAAAUAUAACUUUUGACUUGUUAUCAUCUUGAAGUGUAUGUUGACACGGCCAGUGGCCAUUUCAAGUUUCAACCGUUGCAGCUGCACUAUGAGCAAAGUGGACCAAUGCAGCCGUCUUGUUGGAGAAACUCGUUCUCAGGCUCGUACAUGUUAUCCUGUAAUGGUUGCCUUUGGGAUCCAUGAAUAUGUCCUAUGUAUAUACCAGAUAUAGAAAAUUUCCAGCACCUCGUACCUUGAUGGGUUUAGAAAGUA